AUGGCUGCCACACGACAAGUUCAAUGUUUGAUGCGAAGAGUUUGUAGAGGCACUAGGACUUUCGCUGUCGCCACACAAUCCAAUGCUUCUUCCUCUUCACAAACAAUCAUCGACAAAGAACAUCAACACAGUGCUCACAAUUACCAUCCACUUCCCAUUGUUUUUGCUCAUGCAAAGGGAUCAUCUGUGUGGGAUCCAGAGGGAAAUAAAUACAUUGAUUUUCUAUCUGGAUAUUCUGCGGUUAAUCAGGGACACUGUCAUCCUAAAAUUCUGAAAGCCUUACACGAUCAGGCGGAUAGGCUCACGGUGAGCUCUCGUGCGUUCUAUAAUGAUCGGUUUCCGGUCUUUGCUGAGUAUUUGACAGCCUUGUUUGGUUAUGAUAUGGUACUUCCCAUGAAUACUGGUGCUGAAGGUGUCGAAACAGCUUUGAAGUUAGCAAGAAAGUGGGGUUAUGAAAAGAAAAAAAUUCCCAACAAUGAGGCUCUUAUUGUCUCAUGCUGUGGCUGCUUCAAUGGUCGAACAUUGGGUGUCAUAUCUAUGAGUUGUGACAAUGAAGCUACCCGGGGUUUUGGUCCUUUAAUGCCAGGCCAUCUUAAAGUUGAUUUCGGUGAUGCAGAAGCCAUUGAACGAGUUUUCAAAGAAAAAGGAGACCGCGUAGCUGCAUUUAUUUUAGAACCUAUCCAAGGGGAAGCCGGGGUGGUAAUUCCCCCAGAUGGCUAUUUGAAAGCUGUUAGAGAUCUUUGCUCCAAAUACAACGUGUUGAUGAUUGCCGAUGAAAUACAAACUGGAUUAGGAAGAACAGGGAAAAUGCUGGCUUGUGACUGGGAAGAUGUUCGUCCAGAUGUAGUGAUUCUAGGGAAAGCAUUAGGUGGAGGAAUUUUACCAGUUAGUGCAGUUCUUGCCGACAAAGAUGUGAUGCUUUGUAUUAAACCUGGACAGCACGGAAGUACUUUUGGAGGAAAUCCAUUGGCUAGUGCAGUUGCCAUUGCCGCACUUGAAGUGAUCAAAGAAGAGAGACUUACCGAGAGAUCUACCAAACUGGGAGGCGAGCUUCUCGGUCUGCUGCAUAAUAUUCAAAAGAAACACCCGGACCACAUAAAGGAGGUGCGGGGAAGAGGUUUGUUUAUUGGAGUGGAGCUUAACAGCGAAAGCUUGUCUCCUGUGACAGGCUUUGAGCUAAGCGAAAAAUUGAAAGAAAGAGGAGUUCUUGCCAAGUCAACACACGACACAAUCAUUCGCUUCACUCCCCCGCUCUGCAUAAGCGAGGAUGAGAUUCAACAAGGUUCUAAGGUCUUGGCUGAUGCGCUGGAAAUUGAUCUACCGUUGUUGAAGAAGACGAAGCCAAAAGACGCUGUUCCUCUAGCUGGGCCUAGUCCAUGUGAUCGGUGUGGUCGCCUCGUGUAUGGUUAA